AUGGAAUGUCUUUUUGGAAUUACAGGCAAAGGAUUUACAUUACUUGCUGCUGAUACAGUUAGUGCUCGUAGUAUUGUUGUUAUGAAAGGUAGUGAAGAUAAAUCUCGUGAAUUGAACUCGCACACAGUUUUACUCUACAGUGGAGAACCUGGUGAUACUGUCAACUUUGCUGAAUAUAUUCAACGCAAUAUCAAACUUUAUGGCAUCAAACAUGACAUUGAACUUAGCCCUAAAGCAGCUGCUACAUUUACUCGUCGUGAAUUAGCCGAUUCUCUUAGAAGCAGACAUCCUUAUUCUGUUAAUUUGAUCAUUGGUGGUUAUGAUGCAAAAAAGGACAAAUCUGAACUUUAUUGGAUUGAUUAUCUUGGGGCCAUGGCAUCAUUACCUUUCUGCGCACAAGGUUAUGGUGCAUAUUUCUGUACAUCACUAAUGGAUAGAUACUACAAAGAAGAUCUAUCCGUUGAGGAAGCAAAGAAAUUAAUGGCUAUGUGUAUACAAGAACUUAAGACAAGAUUCAUUGUUAAUUUGCCAAACUUUAAGGUUCAAUUAGUUGAUAAAGAUGGUAUUCAUGAAGUUGAAUUGUAA